AUGAUGGUGCUGAUUGCAUAUGAAAUUGGCUUGAUUAUUCUUUGGGACGUUAUGGAAGAUAGGGUUGUUCUAGUGAGAGGCUAUAAAGAUCUCCAAUUGAAGGACAAAUCAGUGGUUGAUUCUCUUAAUGAUUUAAGCCACGAGCAUGCAACUGAUUCAUUGGAUCAUGAUGUAGAAGAAAAGGAGAUAAGCUCUCUCUGUUGGGUAUCUCCUGAUGGGUCAAUUCUUGCUGUUGGUUAUGUAGAUGGAGACAUUUUAUUAUGGAACUUAUCAACUGAAGUAUCUGUUAAAGAUCCGCAAGCUCAAAAGUCAGACAAUAAUGAUAUUGUGAAGCUACAAUUGUCAUCGAGCAGCAGAAGACUUCCGGUCAUUGUGCUUCACUGGUUUGCAAACAGAGCACACAAUGAUCGUGGGGGCCAACUUUUUAUUUAUGGGGGUGAUGAAAUUGGAUCUGAAGAAGUCCUCACGGUAUGUUUUAUACCAGAAUCAGCUAUCAUUAAAUUUCUGUCUUUGUAA